CAACCAUGGCGACGUUAUCGCCAAACAAAACCAAUUUCUAUAUUCUCCCAUGGAUAUCUAUGUAGCAGUUCUAGACCGACCACCUACGUAGUGUCUACUGGCGUGUCAAGCGAUAGGCCCUAGACCCUCUCAGUGACUGGCUCUCAUCAUCUCUGGCCAACCGCCCAAUGGCCUCUGAUGCGACAGUCGAGCCUGAAAUAUCGUCCACGAAUGGGUCGAGAUGACUCUCAGCGGACAAGGCGGCAAGGAAGAGGGAAGACCAUGUCCAUGAUGGAAAGAAGACAGUGACCUCAUGGCUCCAUACUCCGUCUUUGUCUAGUACCCUUGUCCUCCCUCUUUCCCCCCUCUCCCUCUCUUGUUCUGCGUGCGUCCUGUAUUUACUGAUCCGUCUCUUCACCUUCGCUGUUCUGUCGAACAAACAAAAACAAAUCAUAUAUUCACUUGUUCAGUUGACUCAUUCCUUUCCUCUUUGUCAUACGCGCUGGCUGUGUCUGACUUGCCAACUCUUCUAUCUGCACAUCAUCUUCCCUUGACUCCUUGCAUAUACAAUAUCGCAUUCACCCCAAGACAUUCCUUCGACAACGAACCAACAGAACCAACGCUUGACGUUAGUAACUAACACUAAAGACAACAACCAACAACUACACGCAUAAUACCUACACGCCAAAUAUGCUUUUGGGAAGACUCCCAACACCCCUGAGGGCUCUGCUUAUCACAGCCCUCUACGCUUCAACAUCCUCCGCUCUUCCAGCCAACACUAUCUUUGCCCGCCAAGACACAUGCGAUGCGGAUCAGACAUCAUGCAAUAGCGACAUCGCCAACUUUUGCUGCCCCAAGGGCAACUCUUGCAGACUUCUCGCUGGCAAGACCACAGCAGUUUGCUGUCCCAGCGGCCAGACCUGCAAUGUCAUCCAGCCCAUCACUUGCGAUAUCCGCGGCCAGGACCAGAGAGAGUUUCCCAACGCCCCUGUCAAGACGAUAGUAUUCAACCUCGAUCUCGAGAAAUGUGGACAGAAGUGCUGUCCUUUUGGAUACUCGUGUGAAGACGAGCAGUGUGUGAUCGACAAGGAUCAGACCAAUGUCCCAGAAGGCGCUGAGCUUCCCAAUGAGACGUCUACGCCUGUUCCCAGUGCGAUAACUACCGCUACGGGGGCUAUCGAGACCAUCUCCAUCAGCGCCGCGCCCUCCACGAGCGCUGAGCCCACAGCAGCUGUUGGCUCAGAUAAUAGCUCAGACAAGGACGGAGACUCCAAGUCCGACAACUCGGGGCCUGCCACUACCUCCAUCGUUGGCGGUGUCGUUGGCGGCAGUAUCAUUCUUCUGAUAAUCGCCGUUGUAAUCUUCCUCUACGUCCGUCGUCAGAACAAACGUGAUGCGCAGGGCUCAGAAAAGGGUAGUCAUAUCUACGGUUAUGGGCGUCGAUCUACGAGCGAUGCCUCGUUCGGGAACAUCAUUUCCGAACCCAUCAGCCAGCCCAACUCUUACCGAGCCGACUUCAUUCUCAAGACCCCUUCAACCCAACGCUCUAGCAUUGUGCCUGCGCGCCAGCUUUCCAGUGCUGGCACACGCCUCAACGCUCCGCCUCCGCGGAUUCGCAUCUCUAUUCCGAAUCCCUUCGACUCACCCAAUCCCUCACCCAAUGCCCAGCCCAGUCCCCUCGACAAUGAAGAGUCUCUUCGACAUGGAAACGUUCGGCUGCCCCCGAUUCGCGCUAUGAAGGGCUCGUCGUACUGUAGUCGUCGACCAAGUACCCCUGAGCUUCAGCGUGAGCCGAGUAGCGAGAAUAUCAAUGUUUUCGCGGACCCCAGCACCAUUGUGAAACCCCGCCCCCUGACGAGAGCGACAACAUUCACCGACCUGAUGGACGAAGCUGAUCUUGGCGCCGUGCGGCGAGGGAAGCCCUACGUCCCCGGAACCACUCCCAGAAUCUAGAACUCACUGACUCACGCCAUUUCCUUUCCGAGCUACACCAUUCACGUCUCUCUCUAAUGCAACGUCUCUUCACCACCAUCUGCAGUGCAGGGUGACAUCCUCUCACUAGAAUUGAUUUCGGGCGUUGUGGACAUAAAUUCUGGAGUAGCUGUCGUUUAUACCCUGGGCUAGUUCAAUAAGACCCAAAUCUUGUUAUGUUUUAAUAUUGCAAUGUUUUAUGUUUGAUAGGAGUUAUAGAUAUAUUAUUUAAGAAAUGAUAUGUGAAUAUUUGAU